UUUCAGCCCUCUUACGAGCUGAUGAAACGUUUCUAUGGACUCUAUAAACAAGCUACUGAGGGUCCAUGCCAUCAGGCCAAGCCUGCAUUUUGGAACGUUGUACAGACACAGAAGUGGCAAGCAUGGUCUGUUUUAGGUGAGAUGGGGAGUGAUGAGGCAAAGAGAUUGUAUGUUGAAGAACUAUUACAGACUAUCUUGGAUAAUUCUAAAGCUCGGGAUAUUCCUCACAUGUACAAAAUAAUAGAAACCAUGCCACAGACAGAAGACGUGGUGACCUUUCUCAAGGUCAUGGGACCUUUCUUUGAACUUGUUCAUGAGGAAGAAUUGGAGGAGGUCUCAGUGUCAUCUUCUCCACAGGUCACAAAGGUCAAUGGUCAUAUUAAUGGAGGGGUCAAGAUGAAAGAGACUAAAGUUGAUAAGAGUGGUGACCAAGCCAAAAGCCUUCAAAAUGGAGAUGUGAGUGAUGUCUCGGAUUACACCAAUGGUUUCUUGGAAGGUGACCUUGAACCUGACGAGAGGUCAAAGGACAAAUCAGGGUCACCUGAAAGCUCUGGUACUGAUCUGAAGGUCAAUGGUCAUAUGGAGGAGGGAAUGGUCAAUGAGGAGGAAAGCAGAUAUGAAAGAAUUGUAACUUCACACUUAGGAGAGAAUUCUGCGGAGCUCAGUCAUCCUAUCUUGGUAUCUAAGAGUCAGCUUGAAGCGGGUACAGAUCACCUAUCCUCAACCAGUGAGAGUGAAUCUGAUGGAGAUGAGUUCUGUGAUUCUGUUGAUGAACCAAUCAUUAGUAGGAUAAGUGUAGCUCACACACCAAAGACUGAAUCUCUGCCAUCUGUUAUUGAGGAGGAAGAAAGAAAACAACUCACAUCAACCCCAUUUAAUGGAGAUCAUGCAGUAGUUACCAAGGCAGAAAUCCAUAACAAUGUUGAUGCCAUCAUCCAGCCUAGGUAUACUUCAAGUUCUACUUCAGCCCCUACCAUGUCUACACCUUCCAUGCGAGGUGGUGGAGAGGUGACAAAGGGGUCAAAUGGUCAACAAGGUCAAGACAUUGCAACAAAUCAAUCCCAUAAAGGUUACCAAUCAUCAGAUAGUUUCCAUAGCUUCAGACCCUCUGGAUCACAAGACUCUCCUGAUGGGAGUAGUAGAAGGAAAGAGAGGAGGGGUGGGGGAGGUGAUAGGAGGACACCAGGAGGUGAGAGUAGUCCCCUAAGAUCACCCUUACCGGAUGGCAUGGUGGAGCAGAUUACAAUAUCUUUAGAGAGACUUCAGAGGGAUAUGAAUAGUGUUCUAGUCAGACUAAACACACUGGAGACCAUUGCAAUAUCAAGGCAUCAGCUUGAGACUCAGCAAGCAUACAUGAGAGAGGGGAAUCCCCUAGCUAAGGAUGGUACACCCAUCAGGACUCCACCCCAACGAACCACACCCUCCUGGUGGCCUUUCCCUACCCUUCCCAUGAGAACAGUCUUCAUCCUUCUAGUCUGGCCUUUCAUUGUACAAUGGAUCCUAAGGUUCCUUGCAAGGCACCGGAGGGCUCGUCCACCACCUCGAUGAGGAGUCCAACGAAACAACUACGCUUUUAACAUGCCUGAGGGAUAUCAACAUUUAUGGUUUAUUUGUAUCAUGUGAUUGCAAUUCAUGCCACCUGCUCACCUGAUACUGCUUAAUUGCAGGGGUCAAUGUGAAAACUUUGGAAAGGUAAUUUCUGGUACUAGGGCUAUAUGGAUGCGAAGCUAAAAAUUCCAUAGAAAGGCACAUGGCUUGUGAUGAAUGAACUCAUUGGAAUUCAAUCAUUUUAUUGUACACUUAGUUUGAAUUGCAUUAUAACCUUUGAGGUGCAAUGUGGCUCAUUCAUAUGUCUGCCUCAUAUUCUUGCUGUUCCUGUAGUGAAUUAACAUAUUUUCAAUAACACAAUAAAGGAAAACAUUGUGCUCGCGAUGAGCUGCAAAGCUAGAUGUGGUUGAUUCUGGCCAGAUAAGGGUUUGGUCAAGUUUAUCAUGAAUGAUGGCUGCUGGCUGUUUAUCAGGUCACAUGAUUUUACUACUUAGGCAUGUUAAGGGUUAAAGUGGAGUAUUUGUGUCAUGUUACAGCUCACAAAUUGGUUUCUUCAUAGCAUAAAGAUGUUUGUAAUUUACACAUGACCUUACAAAUGACUGUAACAUGUUCUGAUACUCUAAGAGAUACCCCAUGUAUUCCUGGUUUUAGAAUCAAUGUCUUAUGAUCCUUAUCAAAUUUUUAAAAAUAUUGAACUUUGCAUUCAAGUACAUGUUGACAAUUUUAUUCUGCAAGAACCAUAUUUGAACAUUAGCUGAUUGCGUUGAAAUAAUUGAGAAUAUAAUUCAGCACACAAGAACAUGUAAGAGUAGUUUGUAAAGUCAUGCAUAUCUUUACAAACAGCUUUAUGAAACCACCCCACUUGAACUGAAAGGUGAAGUCAGAGUUUAUAUAUGUUAGUAAACACUUCUUUAGCUGCCAAUGAAUUAGAUCAUCUAAAGUAAGAUCUAGCAUUCAUUCAACAAACGAUAUGAUUUUUGCUCACAAAUCAAGUUUGUACAGACUUACUUGUACCAUUAUUUUUGUAUUACUCUCAGAACUGCAAUAAUUAGAAGAAAUUGUAAUAGCCAACAAUUUUCUGAAAAUGUUGUUGGUAUUGACUUGAUUUUGAUAAUUUGUUUUGUCUCUUAUCAAGCAUGAUGAAGAAAUUGAAUUUUCAUUUAUAUUUUCAUUUAGCCAAUUUAAUUUGAGAUUGCAAUAUGCUUUCAAGUAAUUACACCACCAUGUGUAAAAUUGUGCAAUAUUUGAAGUCUUUUUUAAAGUUGAUUUUGAUACUUAAUAUAGUUCAUAAAAUCUUUUGUAAAUUAACCUGAAAUUGUAAGCAAGUAUGAAGUUAUGACUGUAUGUUAAAAAAAAUCUGGGAGGGGGGGAAGAUCAUUUGACCACUCAUCCUCUAAGUUUUACUUCUGAAACUUUCAAAAAAAAUCUGUAAUUGUAAGUGUAUCUCCCAGCUCACAAGGUAAAUAAUUUUAACGAAACUGCCAUGUUAAUUAACAUAUUAAUUACCCAAUGAAUGCCAGAGUCCCUACAAUGCCAACUGAAAUAGUACGUUGCUUUCAUCAGUUCUUACAAUCUCUUAACUCUAAAAGGAUUGGGGCCCCUUAAUGUUUUGUGCAAAUUUUCUGAAAAGUACAAAACAAAGCUUCAAAGUCUUGCAUGUUUUUUUUUUUUUUUUUUUUGGGGGGGGGGACCGAAUUCGUGACACAUGGGUAUAGCUUUGAGCUUUUGAGUCACAAAAUUUUUUUGAGACCAUGUCAUACCCAAAAUGGCUCAUGUUAGAGAUUUGUGUGCAAAUUCACUGGAAAAUGACAUUCAUUAUCGGGUGAUAAUUUUUUUCUAGUUAGUUUGCUUCACGAGUAAUUUGGAUUAAUUUUUUGUUGAAUGGUUUGUAAUGAUUUAAAAUGAAAACAUGAGUUGGAAGAACAAAAAAGAACUACAUAGGAAUUUUUUUAUAAUAAAUACAUACAGAGCAAAGCAAGACUAUAGGCGCCGAUGGCGUCUAGUAUUCUUGAUUGCCAUCAUAACUGAAAAUUUAUGGCUCUUCAGUCUUGUUCAUGAAACAAGGAUAAAAGUAAUCGAGUAUCACUUAUUGUUUUGCAUGAGUCUUAGGACACAUGAUCAAGGUCAAAGGUCUUAUAGGGUAACCGAAUUUAGUGUUUUUUUAUCAUAUGAAUGGUAUUUUUUUGUGAAUAAUUAUUCAAUUUCGCCGUUUUCAAAGUCAGCACGGCUGCUUUAUUGAAUUUAGUAAUGCAGGCGAGACUGCAAGAGGCACUCCACUUGUUUUUUAAUCACAUCAGUACUAUCAUGAUAAGAGCAGAAUUAAUAAUAUUCUGCAACCACAGAAUUUACAUGAAUUUAUUUGUCUUAUUUUUUUCUCUUCAGUUCAUGCCUUAUAUCCUAUGAAUGAAUUCAGGGGGGGGGGGAGGGGAAGGUAAAUUGUGCAUGCAUAUUAUUUGAAUUAUGUGUUUUGUGAUACUUUGUAUCCUUUGUAAAAAAUUUUUUUGCUAAAUUACCAUCACUUUAAAUUUGUGAAGUGCAUCAAUUUUAGAAUUUUACCAUUAUGAUAUUACAUAAGGUUCUGGAUUUAUUUAUUAUGAAUCUUGUGAUACAUUCCUCUUAUAAUGUUUGCCAAAUCUCACUAUGUAGAUACUAUUUGCUAAAAAUAAUAUAUUUUGACAAUCUAAAUGCACAUCCCUGUCCACAUCUGCUAUUUAAAGUAUACAUGUAGAUGAAUUACUUAUCCAAGGGUCGUCUUUAAUAGAUUGGUAUUAACUGUGUAUUUAAAAAAAAAAAAUUAUCAGUCCCCUCCCUCAUACUGUACAAUACGAUUCUAUGCAGAAUGAAUUAUUUAGACCUAGGAGUUGUUACAUAAAGACUUGCAAUUAUGAUAACUCUUACAUUAAGGUAGCUGAGCAGCCCAGUCACCACGGUAGAAUACCUUGUCAAAUUGGCUAUAACUGUACUUGUCGUUCGAAAUGGGCCCCUUUGAAAUUCUCUAAUCUUGUUCAAUCCCCAAAAACUCGUUCCAAUUUAUCUCUGCUGUUUAGUUUAUAUGAAAAGGUGCAUUUCUCUCUAAUAAUCUUGACUGGAGUGAUGAAAUAAUUGAAGUAAACCUGAAGAAAAGCUACAUGUAUGGUCUAAUGCACAAGAAGGUUGAUUAUCUGAUGGAAUUCCACACUUUCCAAAUUGACAUUUGCACAAAUAUCACAUUUACAUUAUCUUCAAGAGAUUUUAAUAGUUUUGAUAGAGAAUUAGUUGAACUUAAACAUACUGUAUGUCAGUUUAUGAAACUCAUGUCAUAAAAUAUUAUCCCUCACCCCCUUGAUCAAAGCUCACUAUGCCUUGUCAUGAUGUUAUUUGUUCUUAAAAUAUUUGUUGUUAUACAACAGAUUCAAUUAUGUUACUCUGAUGGUGUAAGGUUAAGUUAUUUGGUGUUAGGGGAAAUUUUGGAAUUAUGUAUUAAUGUGUGUAUUUUGUCCAUGGUCACAAAUCAUUUGUUCAUACAUAUUUGUUCAUACAUAUCGCUAUUACAUGUAUCAUUACAAAUUGAAUUUGUAUCUUAACAUGAUGUUAUAAUUGUACAUAUAUGCAAAUAUGUAAAUUUUGAAAAGAAUUCAAAUUUUAUUAUAUGCCUUUUGUGUAUCAUGAAAGUAAAUUUGCUGAUUAGAUAUAUUUUGUAUGGUUUGUCUUUCUUCCCCUUAAUAUCAACUCGUUAUUCAACUACUGGUAUCUAUACAUUAUAAUGGUGAUACAUUGUUGGCUCUUGCAGCAUUUGCUCUUGAUUUUUAAUUUUUGGAGGAGACUCAAGUGUCAGAUAUGAUUUGCUAAAGAAUAUUUUAAAGGGGAUUGAGCUGCGCUGUCGCAAGGACAAAUGUAUUAGAACCUGUUUGCCCUUCUAAUAAUCAUUCAGCCAUUCAGUACAUGUAAAUUCAAACAAGUCAUGGGGCGUCAGAGUAGAGGAUUAUCUUUUGUAUGGGGUGGGGGGGGGGAGACGCAACAUCCAUGAACAAAGGAUAAUCCUCUGUGCUGAUAAAUUGAUUGUGUGUAUGUACAUUGUUGAUAGUUAAAUUGAAAACAUUUAGAAUUAAGAUGGUCAUUUUGAAUUUACUUGGAUACUUAAAAAAUUCAGCAUUUUUCAUUGAUACUGCAAGUAUAAGUGUACCACAAGAAUUAAUAAAUUAAACUGGAAAAUAAGAGGUAAAAAUUCCUUUCUUUUGAAAAAUUUUGUGAAAUGGCUUAAAUGAAUAAAGAAACGCUCUUUUCAGUGUUAAAAAGCC